CUGCCGCAGUCUAGGAAUUCUUGAUAUCCUGCCUGUUUUGCCAUGGCCGGUGCUCCCAACUGGCUUCAUGUGGAAACGGAGGAUGAUAGUCCAAAGAUCACAACCCUUUCCAGCUGCCUCACCUUAAGUGAUGUCCAGCGGGAUGGAUAUGUCCGCCUUCUGGCGGCGGACAUUUCCCUGGACGAAACAUCUCAGGAGCCGACGGCCACUCUCAAGGUUUUUCGAGGUCUUAAGCUUAAGCAGGAGCAAACCCUCCCGGGGAUUCCGGCGGCCAUCACGAGUCUCUAUAUUGACGAAUCGGAACCCAAGACGCCUGUGAUUGCCGUAGCCAUCGCCGAGUCCGUGCUCUUUUACCGAAACCUCAAGCCCUACUUUAAGUACACCAUUCCCGCCCUGGAUUCCGAGGAACUAGAGCAGGAGGUAUGGCGUAAGCUGCCGGUGGUGAAAACCGAGAGCCACCCUGCCCUUCUGGACUCUCUGAAAGACCUCGAACAUGCCAAGUUGUCGCGUAAGUCGCAGCGACUUCUCCAGCUAAGCGAGGAGGAGCGCGAGGGCUUCAUCAGCACCCACAAGGACUCGCCGGUGGGUCGUGUCGGCAACAUUGUCGCCAUGUGCUGCCUCAAACGCAUCUCCAGCGACGCCAAUCCUCCCUCGCAUCUCGUUCUCGCCACGGACACCGGCAACAUUCUUAUCCUGGAGCCGCAGGGCUUCAACCUAGUGUAUGAGGGCAGGACCUGCAGCCACGAGACCGCCGUGCCGAGCAUGAUUUCUGUCCAGGGAACUUUCGAGGCGGACUUUUGCAUUGUUGUGGCUACGCGGAACGGAGGCGUCUACUUGUUGCGCAAGUCCCACCCCGAGGGUCAGGAAGUCUUUAAGCUGGGAACCCCGCUCACAGGACUCCUGCUCCUUCCCAUCGACCAGACGAUCAUUGCCUCCACGAUGGACAACCGCUACGUUUGCUAUUCCAAGCGCGGAAAGCUGCUCUACCAGGUUGCCCUGCCGGCUCCGCCAGUCUGCAUUCUACCCUUACCCCUCACCCACCUAGGACUCACCCUGGUGGCCAUUGCCCUUAAGGGGGGCGUGGUCAAGUUCUACCUUCAGCGCUACCAGGUGGAUGAGUUCGCUCUGAAGGAGACAGUGGAUGCCAUGCUAUACGGGCGUAUGGGCAUGGAGGACCAUGUGCUCACCCUGGUCACCCAAAGCGGUGAGAUUGUGGUUAAGAUCCUGCGAAGGGUUUCACGAUUCGAGCCGCGACCGGAGGAUCUUGGAAAUAGACGGCAUAGAGGAGAUCAGAACUCCAUUGCGGAUGCCUCGAUUUUGGACAAACCCAAGAAGAGUUCUAUUUUCGUGGAACAAGCGGCGAGGGAGAAACAACAAGCGAAAGCCACUUAUGGCAGUUUUCAGGUGGAGCUCUGGCGGGUCCGCCACACCGCCGCUCGCGCCACCAUCGAUGCCAUCAACUCGUCGGAAAGCACCAUAUCCGGAGACCUGACCCACGCCCCCGUCAAACUCUCCGCCGAAGUAUGCGGCAGUGGGCCUGCCUUUCGCCUCUACCUCACUGUUCAGAACCUGUCGACCUUUAAAAUGGCCUCAAAUCUGGUGGUGCUCCUCCAUGCGGACAGGAGGCACUACGCCAUCCAGCAGACUCUGGCCCGCUUGCCCAGCGUGCUACCCGGCGUGCCCCUGAGGGUUGAUUUCGAGGUGGUAGCAGUGCUGGAUUCAAUGGAUAAGCUGCCCCCAGCCACCCUAAAUCCGGACAACUCCCAGAUACGGGUGAUGCUGAUGAAGGCGGGCCAGGCCAAGCCACUCAUCGCCGCCAUCGUUGCAAUGCCCCAAUCCGAGGCAGCCUACUAA